AUGACCUCCCUCACGCCGUCCAAGCAGGACGAUGCGAAAUUGGUCAUCUCCAUGCAAGAAUUGGAUCCCUCGCCAGUGGACGACUCAACUUCGGAUCUCGAGAACCUGGAGUGCGGCGACUUUAUCCCUAAGCCCGCAGAUGAGCCCCCCAAGCGCACCUGCGGAUUCCCCCGGCCUUGGGGUUGCGUGCUCAUCGUUGGGACGCAUUUAUCCGGGUUCCAAAGAUACUCUACAUACCCUCCUACCGCAUUCUUCAUCCUACACUUUGCCAAUACCUCCCUAAUCCCGCUUAUGACCCAGUCUAUUCCCGCUAGCGAGCCCUACCUCCUGCUCACGCGGCCAGUCUAUCAAGCGCCAGGACUAGAGCAUCUAGUAUUGACUCUCCCCGUCCUGACACACAUUGUUUCUGGAAUCGCGCUGCGCAAUAUUCGCGCUACCCGUCGCGCACGCUUGUAUGGCGCAGAGACUCGUGCACAGCGAGACCUGCUCUCCUUCUGGCCCCGCGUUUCCCUUCAAGCGAGAACAGGAUAUUUCCUUGCGCCCCUUAUUGGUCUCCAUGUCCUGGUCAACCGUGCCAUGCCGUACAUGGUCGAAGGCGGUAGUUCCGGCGUCGGAUUGGGAUACGUUGCGCAUGGGAUUGCGCGGAGUCCUGUCUUUUGGAACAUUUUCUAUGUGCUCUUCGUGACGGCCAGUGUGUGGCAUUUUGUUGGUGGAUGGACAACUUGGAUGGGGUGGAGAGUCACUACUGCGCGCAAAGAGCGCAGUAGUAAGGGAUCGCUAGAGGGAUACCUCGGUUAUCCUGAAAACCAGGAUCGCGCGAAGCGUCAGCGCAAGAUCUGGUGGGUAGUCAAUGGAAUGGCCGCUAUGGGAGCUGCGCUCUGGCUGGCGGGUGCUUUGGGUAUUGUUGGGCGUGCUGGUGAGGGUGCUGGAUGGGAGGCACAGGGGUGGAAUGAAAUGUAUCGCCAGGUGCCAGCGAUUGGGAAGUGGUUGUAA